AAUAUAACCGAACCUCAGAGUCAAUUCGCCGAGAAAAGUAGUACCUUUAUAUUAAAGUGUAUAUUAUAUAUAUAAAUGAAAAUAUUCUAUGGAAAAGCUGUAAACAUUUUUCAAUUAUAAAAUAAUUAUAACUGUAACAGUUCUGUUAUAUUUACAUGGAUAAUAUGUGGGAUAUUUGUUUUAAGCGGUUAGGAGAAUUGAUUAGUUCUGCACGUGGAUAACGAGGAUUUCGUGUUUGUCACUAUAGAACACUGACGGAUUUAAUACUUAAACAUGUGUACGAAGGUCCGAGUAACGGAUAAAUUAAAUAUGUACAUCAAGAAGAAUAUCAACAGUAAUACAUACUGUUUUCUUUGCUUGACUGCUUUUUCUGGCUUUGUCAUUUUCGAGUUCACUGGUUUUGAUUUUUUGGAUAGACACAAUAUUCAAAUGUCACCGUUCAAAUCGCAAAUAGAAGACAGUUCAGUUAAGGGUGUCAGUAGAUCAAAUGCUUUCGCAGUACAUGCAUCUCGUUUUGAGAUUUCCGACUGGAGGACGAAAGAGUUACAACGACUGGGUGAUCUUGUACAGCGAAGACUGUAUUACCUGCAGAACCCCAAAGACUGCGAGAAUGCAAAAAAGAUAUUGUGCAAAACCCGCAAAGCUGGAUUUGGGUCUCAGGCGCACGAUUGGAUGUUUUGUUUAAUCGUAGCGUAUGCAACACAGCGGACGCUUAUAAUUGAUUCAAAAGGCUGGCAAUAUUCAAAGCAUGGACUUGAAAGAGUAUUUUUGCCACUAAGUACCAACUGUAGGUUAUCAAAGAAUGAAAAGGUGGUUCGAAUAACAGAUCUGAGGAAUAUGCAAAAUACUACAAAAGUUGUUUUGCUACCAUAUAAUCAUCAAGUGUUAAACCGUCCAUUGUAUCUUCCACAUUCAAUACCAGAGGACCUCGCCGAGCAAGUCAGCCGAGUUCAUAAAAAUCCCUCCGUUUGGUGGAUUGGGCAAUGCCUGACUUAUAUAACCAGAAAAGAUAAACGAUUGAAACGUUUUAUCGACCAAAACGUUCAGAAAUUAGGCUCCAGUUAUCCGACUGUUGGUGUACAUGUGCGAAGAACGGAUAAAGAAAUAGAGAGUAAAUACCAUGAUCUAUCAGAAUAUAUGACCCAUGUGGAGAAAUGGUUUGAUGCAUACAAUAGAAGACACGGGACUGUUCAGCGAAGAGUUUAUAUUGCUAGUGAUGAACCAAGUGUUCUUUCACAGGCAAGAGAGAGUUAUCCAAACUAUACCUUUGUGUGCAAUGUCGAGUCAGCUAUACUUGCAAAACGCCUAGAUACCAGAUUUUCCGAAUCUUCUUUUUAUGGAUUAAUUCUUGAUCUUCAUAUGUUAUCAACGUCUGACUUUUUUGUCUGUACUUUAUCAUCAAAUACUGGGAGACUUGUGUACGAAUUGAUGAACGUACGUUACUGGGACGCUCCAGACCGUAUCAAGUCACUUGAUAUCGAAUUCGCAUUUCAGUUUAAAAGAUAUAACCCUAUGUAUUUUGCACAACACAGAAAUGAGACGUUCUACAAAAAGUUCAAAGUCGUAAAGGAUAUUUCAAAUCCAUGGAAAUUAUCGGCAACAAUGGAUAAUAAUGCCACUGCUGUUAGAAUGCCUACAUACUCCGAAGUUCCAAUAUUAGUCUAAAAUAUUUUGGAAACUGAUGACUGCCGUCCUUUUCUUGACACAGACAAUAAAGGAUUCUGAGGUCACAUGACACUAGUGUCAUUAAACUGCCCUUGUUGCAAGUAGUAGUUGUAAAUAAUCUGAGAAUAUACUUGAGUUCAC